UUUGCACGAGCCUUCGCGGUGAAAUGAAGGCGGUGACUUGACUUGAGAUCUCAACCGGGGUGAUUUAUGAUAGACACGUGAUCCGUUUGAAAAAGACUCCUGGGGUAGAAAGUAAUCAUGAAAUUUAGUCACUAUCCGUUAUCUCUUUCGAGCGAACGGUCGUAUUCUUUUGGUCUACCAAACCUAGGCACAAAUCUUUUCUCGGACUUUCGCGUUCACGUCGGGACUGCGUCAACAGAUAACGCCUCCACCGACCUUGGACACACAAAUCUUUUCUCGGACUUCGAGUCGCGUUCACGUCGGGACUGCGUCAACAGAUAACGCCUCUACCGACCUUGGACACACAAAUCUUUUCUCGGACUUCGAGUCGCGUUCACGUCGGGACUGCGUCAACAGAUAACGCCUCUACCGACCUUGGACACACAAAUCUUUUCUCGGACUUUCGCGUUCACGUCGGGACUGCGUCAACAGAUAACGCCUCUACCGACCUUGGACACACAAAUCUUUUCUCGGACUUCGAGUCGCGUUCACGUCGGGACUGCGUCAACAGAUAACCCCUCUACCGACCUUGGACACACAAAUCUUUUCUCGGACUUUCGCGUUCACGUCGGGACUGCGUCAACAGAUAACGCCUCCACCGACCUUGGACACACAAAUCUUUUCUCGGACUUUCGCGUUCACGUCGGGACUGCGUCAACAGAUAACGCCUCCAUCGACUCAAGGUCGCCAGCAAUGGAUUCGGAAACGGAUUCGAGCCUGUGUGAUGUUUGUGGCAGUAUGUUCCCCACCCUCUUCAUGCUGAAGCAGCACAUGUCAGUGAGACACCAUAGGAAUGUCAUCAAUAGCUUAGCUGAACCAAGCUAUGAUGCGCACCUGAGGCAGCUACUGGCUAACCUUCGCCAGGAGAAUAUGGUGGUGAGGAAUGGAAUCCUAGGAGAUGGGAACUGCCAAUUCGCAGCAUUUGCCGACCAACUGAAACUGCUCGGCAAAGUGAGAGGCAGCUUGACAGUCAAGCAUGUAAGAGAGAUGGCAGUCUCAUAUCUAAGAGCCAAUCGUCGGUUGCCCGGUUCUGGAGUUGAUUGGACGGAGUUUGUCGCAGAAGACUGGGAUCAAUACUUGCUUAAGAUGGCAAGAAAUGGAGAAUGGGGUGACCAUCUCACCCUUUGUGCUCUGGCGAACACAUUUCAGGUGUCCAUCCUCAUCGUCAGGAGCUCUUCGACUUUGCGAGAUGAGUACCUCACCAAAAUACAACCGUCAUGGAUGUCUCCCAGGAGGGAUAUUGGACGUCCCAUCCUACUGGGACACAUAUCAGAAACCCAUUUUGUCAGCUUGGGGAUUGAUGAGAAGAUUCAACACCGUCCCAGUGUCACUCACAGCCCCGAGGCACCUAUACAUGUGUUGGGAGACAGCACCACAGACAACUGGUGGGAAGACAGCCUGUAUACACACUGUCUUCCUGAAGAUGUGCAGACAGUCUCCAGCUUCUGUGGCUGCCUUGAGAUCCCAACAACACCAAACAUUUUCAAUGUACUGAGGGAAGAAGAGCAAGAGAUCCUACCUUAUCUGAACACAACCAAGCACACAACAAAGAAAAGAGGAAAGAGAAGCAAGCUGUGCAGUAGGCAGCCAUCCUACCAUCUUCAUAUACCAUCAUUGGAGAAAAGAGAUGUUGGCACAGAUGAAAGGGGAGAUGUCGGGGCUACUACAAGGAGUCCCUUCAAGGGCAAGAGAACUUCAAGAGGGAUCAGAAAAAAACAAACAGAGGAAAUAGCUGAUGACGGGUUGGGGAAAAGGACAAAAGUAAAGCAGUCAAAAAGAAAGUUCCGACAUGGUUUCAAAAAGCGAAUAAACUUGCAAUGUGGAGGGGAUGUGAUGGAAGAAUUGUCACCUGGAUUGUACAAGAAAAGUCCCCCCUUUGCAAAUGGACAAAGCUGUUUUGUUUACAAAGGCAUUUACAAUGGUCAAGCUGUUGCCAUAAAAUCUUUUGCUGGACAAAUCCCCAAACGAGUCAAAAGAUACAUUAAAAAUGAAGAAAAAGCAUUCAGAGAUUUAGACCACAAGAAUGUUGUUAAAUUCAUUGGGGUUUUUGGUACAAACAUUGUGUUGGAAUACCUUGAAAAGCAAGUAGAUAUCGAAGGGGAAACUCAUGUCCUCCAUUCCGUGGAUGGACUUCUUAAACAAAUAGGUGACGAACUUCCAUGGUCCAUUCGAGCAAAAAUUAUGAAACAGUCAUCAGAGGGAUUGGAUUAUCUUCAUCAACACAACAUCAUACAUUGUGAUGUGAAAAGUGCCAACUUUCUUCUUGGAGGUACCAAGGCCCUAGACGAUAUAGUUGUGAAGGUAAGUAGCAGCUGUUGAUUUUUUUUGGCAGUA